CCGCUGCUUCCCGUUCGAUGCGUGCUAUUAACUAGUUAAUGUAUAGAAACACUACACUAGCUGUAUGCCAAUAAUGUCCGAGGGACGCAAUAAGACGAAACAGAAUUUUACCAGCUACGUAAAUCAGGUCCCGGAGGAAAACUUUGUCAACGAUGACUAUAAACCAAAGCUGCUGUCAGGAGAACUAGAGGCUGCACGUGCUAAUAACGUCUGCAUGUACAUUGCAUCCUACCUCAAAGAUGGCAAGGUGUUUGGUGAGAAAACGGGAAUACUGCUGAUCACCAACUUUCGGCUGUCUUUCGUAUCAUUGGACAUGGAUGACGAACAGCUAUCGUUCCAGAGUAACCGAUUUCUCGGUUCGUCCGAGGUGUCGCUUUCCAAUAUCGACCGAAUUUAUCAGUACGUUGAUAAAAAGAAAAGAAUUAUUAGUCCGCAGUUUAAAAACAGCAGCAAGAUUGACAAAAUACGGAUCGUGUGUAAAAACUUCAAAACAUUUACAUUCGGAUUCCAACUGUCGGAAAUAGGGAAAGGCAAAUACAUCGCUGACGCACUGGUAAAGUUUGCGUUUCCCGCUCGACAUAAUCUAUCAUUUUUGUACCGGUUCAAGGAAAAGUACUACCGCAGCCCUAUGAGCGAGGGUGUAAAAAUGUAUGACAAGAAAUUGGAUUGGUUCCAAGAGCUGGAACGAUGUAAUGCAACUGGAGGAUGGCGCGUGUAUUCUAAAGAUUGCCGAGUCUCAAACAGCUCCCUACCUAUGCACUUCGUGGUCCCAAAGCAUCUUAGUGAUAUCGACUACGACAACAUAUCAAAAAGCUUUCGUAAUAAUCGUUCUGCUAUUUGGGUUUGGGGCUUUAAUGAUGCAGCCCUGGUUCGUCUAGCGGAGCUAAAUCCAGAUAUUACAAACACAACGGUAGAAAACAUUUUGCUGGAACACGUACGGCGUUGCGAUCCGCAAAAGAGACAGCCGAGGUUACUGGAGUUGUACAAAAUUUUGCCUAGCAUACAGGAUGUCAAUCUUAGUUACAUCAAAUUGCGCGACCUCUGUACUCCCGACAGCGAUCAGCAAUUUAUGGCACAGGACGGCCGAUUCUAUACGCUGUUGGAAAAAAGUUACUGGCUGCUGUAUGUUUCGCUUUGCUUGAAACACUCGAACAUUGCCGCCAAAUUAUUACGCGAGGGGCAAACGGUAGUGCUGCAAGAAAUCAAUGGACGGGAUAUGAGCUGUGUGAUAUCGAGCUUGGUGCAACUGCUGAUGGAUAGUAGCUAUCGUACGAUACAAGGUUUUCAAAACCUCAUUCAAAAAGAGUGGGUCAUCCUUGGGCACCCAUUUAGUGACCGGCUGGGGCACGUAUCUACGGUCAAAAUAACUGAGCGCAGUCCGCUGUUUCUUCUGUUUCUUGAUUGUACCUGGCAACUGCUGCAACAGUUUCCCGAAGCUUUCGAGUUUUCUGACGUUUUCUUAACCACUGUAUGGGAUUCACUGUUCCUUCCCAUUUUUGACACGUUUCAGUUUAACUCUGAAACCGAACGUUACCAGGCGCUGAACGCCGAACAUGUCGUGCUGCGACCGGUUUGGGAUUGGGAAAAGCAGUUCGACACUAAGGAUCUCGCAUUGUUUACCAAUCCGCUGUAUCGAGCGAAGUGGCAGCACUUCGCUCACUACAGCACUAAUAGUAGUCCGUCCAGCACGCAGAUUCCGAUCGCCAGUUCUUUGUUUGGUACGCGACAAGGGGAUGAGUCGAAUGGGCAUUCGGUGCUGAAUGGGGCCGAUAAGCUUCAGUUACUGAAGAACGAUGAACGAUUCCUGGAACCGCAAUGUUGCUUGCGUGAUAUCGAGCUGUGGCAGCAGUGUUAUUUUCGUUGGAUACCACAUCUGGAGGUUAAACACGGUGGCAUUGCCCAAACCGAUCUGCUGAACCGAUUGCUUGCAAAUAAUAUCUACAAACUACGUCAAAAGCUCGGCCAAUCUGUAACACCAGAUGCAUCUAGUGAGCAUGUUGAUGUGCUGGAGCAAAUCUUAUCAACAAUGAUAAUACAAACGCGCGAUCCAGACGCGGCGUCCGAUGCGUCUUUCGUGAUCGGUUCAUUUUUUCCAUUUUCUAGUAUAGUGCCGACAGCACAAGCGGUAUGCACGGAACUGUUGAUAGCGAGCAAUGAUAUAAACUUUUCGCACGAUUCAAUGUAUGAAACGUCUUCGUUAAACGACUGAGCAAA